AUGUCAUGGUAUACCUCAAUGACAUCCUCAUCUUUGCCAAUGAUCUGGAGGAACAUCGUUUUUGGUGUGAAGGAAGUCCUGUCCCGUCUUCGUGUCAAUCAUCUCUACUGCAAGUUGGAAAAAUGCGUCUUUGAUGUCCAAUCCAUUCCGUUUUUAGGCUACAUUGCAUCUGGCUCCGGACUAGAGAUGGAUCCAGAGAAACUCCAAGCCAUUCAGGAUUGGCCGAUACCUACCACUCUUAAGGGCAUCCAGAGAUUUUUAGGAUUUGCCAACUAUUACAGAAAAUGUAUUCAAGACUUUUCCACCAUUGUGGCGCCUAUCACCGCCUUUACUAAGAAGGGUGCCAAUCCCUCUAAAUGGUCCAAAGAAGCUGUGCAAGCUUUCCAUCUAUUAAAGCAUAGGUUUACCUCAGCUCCGGUAUUGAAACAGCCAGAUACCAACUUACCAUUCACCCUUGAGGUAGAUGCCUCCCCUGUGGGAGUGGGCGCAGUCUAG